AUGAAGAAAGAUGUAGAAAAAAGUAAAAAAGUAAAAAAGAUCAAAAAAGUCUCCGGUGGACGUGGCUGCCUUAACAUUCAUUCGAGUUUCAAUAAUCUCAUUAUCACUAUCACGAAAGAUAAUGGAGAUAAAUUGGCUCAAAUUAGUGCUCGUACAGCCACUGGCUAUCGGGGCACCAAAAAGUCAACCCCUUUUGCUGCUCAAAAAGCGGCUGAAGCAGCCUUAGCCAAAUUAACUGAAUUUGGCAUCUCUGAUAAAGGAAAAACUAUCACCAAUGAAAUUGCUAAUUUAGAAGGAGUGAAAGAAAUCCCUAUUUAUUUAAUUUUUCAUCUCAAAAAGUUAGUUUUUCAGCCUCCUCAGGAAGAUUUCUCUCGUCAAGGGAAAGUUUGUAUUUUGCAAAUUAAUAUUGACAAUUCCCAAGGCAAAGAAGAAUAUGUGGUUACUGGUAAAGACGUCAAAGGAGAAUUAAAUGUUCUUAAUCCCGAAACUUAUUUAGCAACAGUUGCUCCGGCUUCUCAGUUGAAAAUUACUUUAUAUUGUCGUUAUUACUAUGCUUUCCAAUCUGCCAAAGAACAAAAAACCUUUUUCCAAACAAAUAAUUCAGACGACGAAAAUAAUAUUCAGAUCAAAAAUGAAAAUAAUUUGAUUUUCCUUGAUAGUGAUUAUUGCCCGGUUAAGACAUAUAUUUUACCUGAAGACAAAGAAAAAUUAUUGAGCCAAGUAAGUAUUUCUCGGCAUGCUUCUGCUGAACUUUAUGAUACUUUGACUUAUGCUGACCGGCAACCAGUUUUUAUUGAUUACGAAGGCAAAAAGCAAGAAUUAACUUUAACUUUGUAUACUAAAAUCAUGGAAAAAUCGCAUCCAAAAGAAGACCAAAAUUUCCGCUAUGAACAUUCCUUUGCCAAAAUUUAUGAAGGAAUUUUGCGAACCAGCGUGGAGGAAUUAGAAAUCCGCAGUUAUCAAUCCACUUUGGAAAUAGGAUUAAUUGGAGACAACAUUCCGAAGGAAGUUUACACACUCUUGAUUAAAAUAGGGCAAAAAAAUACUAGACUUUAUCGGAAUUUUCUUCAAAUUAAAAAAAAAGCGUUUAGUUUAACCAAGUUUUAUGCUACUGAUACUAGUCUAAAAAUAAUUCCUCAAUACCAAAAACAAUUUACUGUUGAUGAAUCUAUUGUUUUAAUUAAAAAAGUUCUUCAAGCUCUAGGAGCAGAAUACCAAAAAAAAUUAAAUUUGGCUCUCCAACCAGGAAGAAUUGAUUAUUUUGAGGACACUAACAAGCUUAAUACUUUGAUUCAUGAAUUAGGACAUUCCGUUCAUACUUUAUUCGCUGAGGAGAACCAACCUUAUCCUGAUGCCAAUUAUCCUAUUAUCUUAGCCGAAUAUGCUGUGGCAAUUACAGUUUCUUUCAAGUUAUACCAAGAGAUUAAAAACAAAAAAAAUACUAAUUUAUUAAAUUUCUUAAAAGCCGGAGGAUACAAAGACCCCUUAGCAAUUUUGCAAGAUAUUGGUGUUGAUUUAAAUAAAGUUAACGUUUAUCAACCUCUAUUAGAUAAUUUGAAAAAAAUGAUUAAGGAGUUAGAAACAUUGAUGAAAGAUAAAGAAAAAAAAUAA